AAACGCGCACGCGUGUCUGAUAACCAUAACCUCAAAAUCAAAACAAGAAAUUAGUCAACUUUUAUAGCUUUUAUAUACUCAUUGUGUUAAGACUGAAAAAAUGCCCGCUAUGAGAAUUUAUCAACGUACAGUGUUAACUCUUAAAAAAUGCAAUUCCCUGCGUAGUGUUCAAUUAACAAGGUCAGUGUUAUCAUCAUCGAAUAAAAAAACAAUUACAAGUGAUUCUUCUUCAUCAUCAUCGUCAUCGAAAUUAAAUAUUUUAAAACCAUGGAAAUGGUAUAUUCCAUUUGGUUUUGGUGUUUCAUUUUUGUCAUUUUAUAUAUGGCAAUAUCAAACAAAGACAAAAUGUGAUAAAAAAGAAGAAGAAAAAACAGUGACACGCGAUAUUGUUAUUGGAUUUUAUUAUUAUUUACCAUUACGUAUAACAAGUCGUAUAUGGGGUUGGUUAGCGAGUUGUGAAUUACCCGAAAGUUUACGUCCAACAUUAUAUAAAUUUUAUGCUAAAACAUUUAGUGCAAAUUUAGAUGAAAUUGAUUUAGAACUCGUGAGUUUUCCAUCGUUAGUUGAUUUUUUUGUACGACCAUUGCGUAAAGAUGUACGUCCAAUUGCAAUAACAACAAAUCUUGUAUCACCAGCUGAUGGUAAAAUAUUACACAUUGGACCAGUGACAAAUUGUUAUGUUAAACAAGUGAAAGGUGUUACUUAUGAUUUACGUAAUUUUUUAGGUGACAAUAAUUAUGAUAAAACCGAUAAUAAUGAAAUAAAACAAAAAUAUAUAACCUCACUUUUAAAAAAUCCAAAAAAAAAUCAAUUAUAUCAAUUGUCAAUUUAUCUUGCACCUGGUGAUUAUCAUCGUUUUCAUAGUGCAGCAAAUUGGAAAAUUAAUUGUCGUAAACAUUUUCAGGGGAAAUUAUUGAGUGUUAAUCCAAAAAUAUCAAGUUGGUUACCAAAUUUAUUUUCAUUAAAUGAACGCGCUGUUUAUAUUGGCGAAUGGGAUGGUGGUUUUAUGGCUUAUGCCGUUGUUGGCGCAACAAAUGUUGGUUCAAUACGUGUAUUUAAUGAUAAAAAUUUAAUAACAAAUCGUCGUAAAUGGCCAAAGGGGAAAAAAUGUGAGGAAUUGAAAUUUGAUAAAUUAACAAUGAAAAAAGGUGAUUUAUUUGGUGAAUUUCGAAUGGGAUCAACAAUUGUUUUAUUAUUUGAGGCGCCACGUGAUUUUCAUCAAUUUACCAUUAAGGACAAUCAACGAAUACUUGUUGGUCAGGGAAUUACCGAUUGUCAUCUUAAAUCGACGAAAUAAUGACUCUUUGAAAAAAAAAAAAAAAAAAUUUAAUAUAUUUAUAUAUGUGCCUGAAAUAAUGUAUAGUACAAUUUUUAAAAGUGAAAUAAUUGUUUUUUUUUUGCUAUUAUUAUAAUUUAGAUAAUGUGAGAAAAAUUAGAUACAGAAAAAAAGGAAAAAUAAUUCUUGAAAAAUUAGAAACAGAAAAAAAGGAAAAAUAAUUCUUGAAAAAUUUGAAAUAGAAAAAAAAUUGGAGAAAUUUUUAA